AUGCAAAAUUACGACCGGCACAUCAAAUGCCCAUCGCACUUAGACGCGGUCGCACAUCAUGUUGCUGACCAAGAUCAACAACAUGCCGAACAUUUAAUGAACCUGGACCCUGCAAUUGAAAGAUCACCUUCACUGGCGCAAGACGAAGACGAAAUGAUUGCAGAUCACCAAAGUGACCGUGCUGCGUCGCCCCAUCCACCUCAAUCUCAACUGUUAUUCGAACGUCCACCUGAUGGUGAUGAUCCGCUGGGCUUAUUUGACGAUUCCGACGUCGAACCAGACUCAGACCAAGAGUUUGAUUUCAUCAGGCUUCAACAAGCGUUUGAGGAACUACUCGGAGGAGAGACGACGGAUUCUGAAGAGGAUCCAGAUGUUGAUGAAGAUGAUCAUGCCGGGGGCGCAGACACAGCGGGGGAAUGGUAUCCCUUCAAGAGCAUUGAACUGAUACUGAUGAUCAACCUAAUAGCACGUAGUUGGUGUCCUCAUGAUCGGCUCGCCCCGCAACCUGCUUUCACGGACAGAUUAUCUCCGUUUACGCACAAUCUUCACCCUGCUGGAUGUGAACCUCCCGGCUUGGAAUACGUUGAGGACUGCCUGCAAAAAAAUUAA